AUGAGGCUAGGCCCAGGCUAUGGCCAAGCCCAGAUUAAGAAGCUGUGUUGGAGCGAUUGCGGGAUCUUCGAGGAUUUUCGAGCGAAACAGUGGGUCGAAUCACAGGAUCUCAGGUCUGCGAGAACCGAGUGUGAGCAAAGUGAAGCCGCGUUUGGACGCGACGAAGGUCAGGAAGAGACAACGGGGAAUCGUCACGCAAGUGCACGUGCCUGUAAGCGCAUUGCACAACUCUGCCCUGAAGGACCUCCCCCAAAAGGGAUCUCCUGCAAAGAGCAGAAGGGCCCAGCAGCCACGGAAGAAGUGGAAAAGAAAAAGACAGCCAAGGAUCGGCAUGAGAGUGGCGAUCGAGGAACUGAGAGUGACAAAGAGAACAUAAUAGUGCCCACCAGUGGUUCAACAAAGUCGGAAUUUCCGGACCUGUUGAGUCCUGAAUACCACUGCACUGGAGACAUGGCUUCGGACACGUUCGAAGGCUCGGCAGCCAUCGCCGAGAUUGCCAGUCGCUUCACAGAUGAGGAUGUUGAAAGACUGAGCUCCAUGCUUGGAAACACUAUAACAACAGAGAAUCCUGCCAAUGUUGUCUUGCCUGAAGAACCUGAGCAGAUCACUCCUGCUGUGGUUGAGGAGAGCCAUAAAGGAGCAGAGGAGGGUGAGUGUGAAUGGGAGAACUUUGACCCAUAUUACUUCAUCAAGCACUUGCCACCCUUGACACCUGAAAUGCUGUCCCGCUGCCCUGCUCUCCCACUGAAGACAAGGAGCAGUCCUGAAUUUUCUCUUGUCCUCGAUCUGGAUGAGACACUAGUCCACUGCAGCCUGACAGAAGUGGACGAUGCCACGUUCUCCUUCCCGGUGCUUUUCCAAGAUGUAGAGUAUCAAGUUUUUGUGCGAACGCGCCCCUACUUCCGGGAGUUCCUCGAGCGGGUCUCCCAAUUUUACGAAGUCAUCCUUUUCACUGCCUCCAAGAAGGUCUACGCUGACAAGCUCCUCAAUCUUCUCGAUCCCUACCGCAAGUGGAUCAAGUUUCGGUUAUUUCGAGAACACUGUGUUUGUGUGAACGGGAACUACAUUAAAGACCUAUCCAUCCUGGGUCGUGACCUGUCCAAGACGAUUAUCAUUGAUAAUUCACCGCAAGCAUUUGGAUAUAACCUGGAGAAUGGGAUCCCCAUAGAAAGUUGGUUUGUCAACAAAGAUGACCGGGAGCUCCUGAAGCUCCUUCCAUUUCUUGAAACAAUUGCCACCAAGAAUGAGGAUGUCCGCCCACACAUCAGGGAGAAGUUCCACUUGUGGACGUACCUGCCGCCCGACUAAAUCCACCGGAAUCCCUCCCUCCCCCCUUUUGCAGGCACUGCAUUUGUACAGUGAGAACCCAUUUUUAAUGGUAGUGUAGAGAUAUUCACAAAGAGUUCCAAAGUCUCUUUUAUAAUAUGAGUGAUGGACAAGUUCAGUGAUCACCGUUUGGAGAUGGUUCAAGGCUGUGUUCUUGCCGCUUCAUCCCCGAAAGUGAGCGUGUGUUUUCAUGAAUCAGAAACGAGCCAGCAAUGCAGACUUUGAGGAAUUGUAUCUCAAUGCUGUAGCUCCUCUGAUCUGCCUAGAACAAACUCCAAAGUCAUGUUGGGAACAAGACAAGAAAAAAAAGUUUUUCUUUUAUAUCUUGAAAUUUAUGCAGGAAUGAGAGAGUGAGAGAGUUGAGUAUGUCUGUGAUGCAAGUGUGAUGGAUUUUCCAUCUCCCUCUGUGUCUAACCUGGAGCCAGUCUCCACUGCCGUCAAAAAAAAAAAGCAAAAAAAAAAAAACAAAAAACAAAAAAUGCACUGUGCAACGGUACCUGAUGUCAUUUCUCACACUGCGGCAGGAUCCAAGAGCGCCUAUUUUGCAAAAAAAAAAGUUACUGUUGUUAACUUAGAAACUUCUUAGUGCAAAAAACUUCCUGCCCACCUCAAUCACCAGCAAUAAGGGCAUUUCCCUGCUACAUCUCGAUCUCUUUUACUGGUUUUCCCUCUUUUUCUGCUGGGCUUUUUUUUUGCUGUGGGAUCUGGGCCUCCUUUGGCUGGGCCAUUGUUUGAUAUAUAACAAUUCUGAAAGCAUGUUAUCGGAAGUCCGUUUGCCGGUUCGACGCGAGAAGCAAUCUCGUCCCGACGUGGUUUUUUGUUGAUUGGUCAGACUUUCAUUAUUGAAUAUAUAGAUUUUAAAAUAUUCCUUUCCCAAUCGCGCAUUUGGGAGAGUGCAUGCUUGGGCUGCUACUUCGUUACCCCUUGACUUUUUUAGUCCCAUUUUCUUGCCUGUUACUGGGAUUGGCACCUUAAGAUAUGGCAGAAAUUCUCUGUGGGAGCUCCCACACCCUUCAGGUAUUAUGUCAACAUUUGUAAGUACAAAUCACACGAUCCUCACAAAUGGAGAAUUUCAAUUCCUUUCUGUCUGAUGCAGAAACUUUUCCUUUUGCACAUUCUGGUACAUUUUUUGCACAUCUCCAAGUGUGUCUGCUCGUUUUGCGACCUUUUUCGCCCGACUCGUGGAGAUGGCAGAAUCCCAUAAAGACAUGCACGAAACUGGAAUUAUUAAAACGCAGGGCAUUAAGUUUGUACAAGAAAUGGCUUUCUCUAUGAGGGGGGAUGGUACAGAAUACUGUGUAUUUAGAAAUAUCUGCCGCAUAUAACAAUUUUUGCAACAGCUGUGAAAAAGGUAUCUGGAUGUUGUUUUAACUCUACUUAAUUGCAUGUAGAAGCUCACAUUUU